AUGGCCUCGCUGGGCCUAGGCUCUCUCGAGCAGCAAGCUGCUGCUCUUUGGAAAACCCUCGACGAGUUAGCGCAGCAAAACCCGGCGGAGUACAGCGCCUUUAUUCAGCAGCAGCUGCAGCAGCAGCAGCUGCUGCAGCAGCAGCAGCAGCAGCCCGCGAUACAGCCCCACAAAUCCGGCAAAGCGGCAGCAGCAGCGACGCAGCCCUCAGCGGCAGCAGCAGCAGCAGCAGCAGCAGCACCGCUGACCCCAGAAGGUGCUGCGUUUACUCCUUCCCCUGGCUUCGUUUUCCGUUUGCGCCUGCAGCUGCUGAAGCAGCAGCAGCAGCAGCAGCAGAGCAGCCUCGUUCGCGUCAUAGAUGAACCAGGCAGCAGCAGCAGCAGCAGCAACAACACUUUGGAGGUCUGGCGGCAGCUGGACUACUUCGUAAAUGUUUGCUGCUCCGAAAAUAUAAAGCAGCCGGAGACACGCAGCAGCAGCAGCAGCAGCAGCAGCAGCAAACUGCCUUCGUCUCCCGAGGAAUGGAGGACCGCCAAAAUCGCCGUUAGUAUUGGUAGCCGCAGGGCGCUGCCCCAAAAGAACAGCAGCAGCAGCAGCACCAGCAGCACCAGCAGCAGCAGCAGCAGCAGCGCCAGCAGCAGCAGCAGCAAAGCUGGCAGCAGCAGCAGCAGCAGCAGCAGUGACCGGUCACUACUCGACAUAGGCAGCGAGCAGGCAGGCCCCUCUCCCCUGCUAUCUGUAAUCAGCAGCAGCAGCAUCAGCAAUGGCAGCAGCAGCACCAACGGCAGCAGCAGCAGCAGCAGCAACAGCAGCAGCAGCAGCAGCAACAGAAUAGUUGUGGAUGUGGUGGUCCACCCAGCAGCAGUCAAGGAGGCGCGCAGCAACCCGCAGUUCAAGUGUCUCCUCAGCUCUUUGUGUCUGCAGCAGCUGCUGCCUCUCGAGGAGAUGCUGGCGCAGCAAGAGCAGCAGCAGCAGCAGCUGCAGCAGCAGCACCUGCUGCAGCCCCAACUGCAGCAGGAGAACGGCGUACUGCGGCUGCCCGGCGGAAACGCCGUGUCCCUGCAUGCAGCAGCAGCAGCAGCAGAGGCAAGCCCGCCGAAAGGACCAGCAGCAGCAGCAGCAGCAACAGCAGCAGCAGCAACAGCAGCAGCAACACCAGCAGCAAUUAAGGUCAAGCCGCUGCUAGAGACUUUCUCCUUACCGAAGCUUCUCUACAAAGGCGGCAAAGUGCCGCAGCGGCAUUUGCCCCAGAUUGCGUGUCUUGCUGCUGCAGCACGAGCUGCUGCUGCUGCUGCUGCCAAGGAGGCUGCUGCUGCUGCUGCUGCCAAGGUAGAGAGCGCACUUGCUGCUGCUGCAGCGGCAGAAGCAGAGCACCAGAAGCAGAAAGCAGCAGCAAAAGUCCACCUCCCUACGCGCACUGAGGUAGAGCAGCUGCGGGAAGAGCAGCAGAAAGAGCAGCAGCAGCAGCA